AUGUCCACCAUCGUCCGCAACGUCUUUUCUGGGUUGGUUUCCUUCGGCAACGGUGUCAAAUACCUAUUCGCGUCGGGGUGCGAGGUUGUAGAGUGGUUGUGCACGUACGGAGGGCCUGUUUUUGGGGCUGUAGCUCGCUAUAUCAACAAGCAUAGCGAUGCACUAGUUGUUCUGAGAAAUCGUAACGGGGGAAACUUGAUCACCGACGUGGAGGCUCAACACCCAUCCGCCACCGACGCCGAUUUCGAGGAAUUCAUCCGCGUUCGCCAGGAGAUUAAAAACCUCAAAAAACUUCUCGACAAUCGCAGCGCGCGUACUCGGCCUGGUACAUCGGAAGCGCACGAAAUUCAGCUGGACCGCUUCAAACUCGAGCGCAAGAAUGUUCUCAACGACAUCGCAAUCGAGGCCCAAAUACGUGCCACCUACCCUGCGCGAACCCUGUAUCUCGCAAUGUGCGAGACAUACGAUGUCCCUCCUGUCCGCACCAACUAG